AUGCUCACCGACCGGGGCACCGCGUGCUACAGCCCGCCCGAAAUCCGCGCUGGGCUGAUCUGGAACGAGCGCGUGGACAUCUGGUCUGGUGGCCUGAGCAUUUGCUACGCGUUCCUGGGGCAGCUGCCCUUCGACCAGGACAACGGCAACGUGCAGGAGGCCCUCAAGCGCGGAUUAGCGCCUUCGAUGGACCUGUCCAGGCUGCCGGCGCUGGUGGCGAACCUCGUGGAGCAGUGCCUGGUGGCCGAGCCGAGCGACCGCCCGCCGGCCGUCGAGCUGCUCGUGCACCCGGCGUUCGGCGGCGGCCGAGGACGCCCUGCAGGGGCCCACGCGGAGGCCGUCCGGGGGCUCCCCUGCGGCCGCCCGGCCUAUGACGUGGACGUGAUCGCGGCCUGCGGGCUGCUGUGGCGGCUGCCAGUUGGCGAGGGCCUCGAGGCCACUCGCGCUCGGGACAACGACUCCGCGCUCCUAGAGGUGCGCCGCUGGAAGUCGGCCGAGCCCCUCCUGGGCGGCAGGGGCGCGCUCCCGCACGCGGUGGGGCUGGAUGCCGCGCCGCGGGUCGCGAGUCCGCCGCCAGGCGCCGCGGGCGAGGCCGAGAGGCUGUGCGUGCCCUCGGUGCGCCGGCGCCGCCGCUGCGGCCGGGCGCUGGAGGAGCCGCCCCCGCGCUGCGACCGGGGGCUCGUGUGGAGCACCCUGGCGCGCAGGAGGUUCUCCCGCUGCUCGGCGAGUGCGGCGCCCAUUCUGCAAGAGGUUGAGGUCGGAGAGCCGGCGUAG